CGGAAGUCGCGACUGCGGCUAUGGCUGACUCGCCGCUGUUCCAGGCGCUGCACACGGAGAUGGCGCAUGCGCUGUGUGCGGUGAGGGGAGGGGUGAGAGGGAGCGCCGGGCAGGAACAGGAGAAAGGUCUUGGUGCCCUGGAGGGAGUGGGUUUCCGAGUGGGCCAAGGACUCUCGGAGAGGUUGACAAAGGAGAUGCCAUCAUUCAAGGAUGAACUGGAUGUCCUGAAAUUCCUCUGCAAGGAUCUGUGGAUAACCAUCUUCAAGAAGCAGGUGGAUAAUCUGCGCACCAACCAUCAGGGAACCUACAUGCUGCAAGACAAUCAAUUCCUCCUCCUAAGCCAGCUGUCCGAUGGGAAGCAGUACCUGGAGGAGGCACCCAAGUUUCUCGCCUUUACAUGUGGCCUUGUGAAAGGAGCUCUCUCCAACCUGGGCUUUGACAGCACUGUGACUGCCGAGGUGGCGGUGAUGCCGUCCAGUAAAUUUCAAGUGGUGAUUCAGAAAUCCUGACCUGGUGCUGGUGGCUGGGAACGGGUGGAAGAGAGACAGUGGAGCAAGCUGCAGCCCAUUUCAGUGGAGCUGGUUUCUGCUUUCUGGGUACCAGGAUGUCAUAGAUUUGCAAUAAAGUGUUUUUGAUUUCCA